AUGGUGUCUUUCCCCCUUUCCUUCGCUGCCCUCCUAGAGGGCAUCAAGCGCUUGGACGUCCAGUAUGGACGCCCAAAGCGUGACCUUCGCAAGCGGGAGACCGUCCUCCCUAUUGCAAUCACCUCGUUGUCAUUGUUCUGCAUGUGGGGGUUGGCCUAUGGCCUCCUCGACAUCAUGAAUUACCACGUCAAAGUGGCAAUGGGCAUUGACCGUGAGAAGGCCGCGAUCCUCGCCGCCGGUUACUACACGGCAUACAUCCCCGGGGCCCUCCUCAUCGGAGGUCCCAUGGUCAAGAAGUGUGGCUAUCGAGUCACAAUGGUUCUCGGUCUCUUCGGUCUGGCUCUCGGUGACCUGUUCAUGUCUCUUGGCGCACAAUCAUGCAGCCUUGUCGGCAUGGUCGCCGCCAUGUUUGUCAUCGGUCUCGGUGUCUCGGUUCUGGAACGCUCAGCGAACCCCUACGCUGUCAACUGUGGUCCACGUACGCAGGCCACUCUGCGCAUCUUGAUCGCCCAGGCAUGGGCUGGCAUCGGUACCGUCGUCGCUCCCUUCCUCGCCAACGCAUUCGUCUUCAACCCGGACACCUCGGGCCAGAAGCCCGCUGACAACCCACUCCGCCCUGGAAAAUGUUUGAUGCCCACCAGCACCGAAGGCGCAAGCUGUGCCAACCUUGGUUCCGUCAUCACCUUCUACCGUGCUCUUGGAGGCUGUAUCUUCGCCCUGAUGGCCGCUGUUGCCAUCAUCUUCUUCCGCACCAACUGGGUUCCAGAAGUCGAGGUCCCCGCCUCGCCUCCCACCGCCUGCGGCUGGAGACUCUGGAAGCACCCUCUUGUCUCUGCUCGGUACGCUCGCAUCUGGUGGGGAGUGGCCGCCAAUUUCGUCAACCUCGGAUGCCAGGUCACGUUCGCGCAGUUCUUUAUCGAGCACAUGAAGAUCAACGCCUGUGCCAGCGACAAGUGGGCCGCGGUGUGCAUGUCAUUCGCGCAGAUCGCCUUUGUCAUGGGCCGCUUCGCCGCCGCUGGUCUGGUCACCUGCCCCAAGGUCUUCAAGCCCCGGUACGUCCUCGCCUGUUUCAUCGCCGGCGCAGUCGCCACCACCGCAGCGGGCACGGCCGUCACCGGCACACCGGCCAUCGUCGUCGCCGUCAUGGUCAUGUUCUUCGAGGCACCGUCGUUCCCAAUGGUCUUUGAGAGCGCCACCGCCGGUCACGACGAGUGGACUCCGACGUGCGAGACGCUCAUGAUCGUCAGCAUCUCCGGCGGUGCCCUGCAGCCACCGUUGAUGGCUCAGCUUGUCGAGUCGGUCCGCAUUUCCAACGCCUGGUGGCUCACGACCGUAUGCUUCUUCCUCGUCUUCACCUACCCGGUCGCCACCAACGUCAUCCCAUCGUUCAGACGGGCGCUGGACAAAGCCGAGAUCGGUCUGGUUGCGAGCGAAGAUGAAAAGCCCGGUGACGAGGAAGGCCGCGCUUCUGGAGACUCUGGUGUUGUCGCCGGUGCUGAGCCGACGGCUAACAAAGACGCCACCAGCGUUCAGACGGCGGCGGCGUGA